AUGCCAAUAUUCCAACCGAAACAUCAAAAGCUGAUACUUCAAUGUUAUCCCCCGGGAAGAGGUUUCGAUAAGAAACCAAACUCUUCAGAAUUGAGUUACUUGCUUUAUUACGCUUCAACUCGUCGUGUAAAGUUGGAGAAAGUUGGUAAAUUUUUACAAAAGAAGAAUGCUGUUGAUAUAAGUCGCAAUCGUACAGGUAAUGUACAAGUUACACUUGAAAUAAUCAAUUCACUUAUAAAGAAAUGUCCUGAUGAUCUGAAUGUGUUUGCUCAUAAUGUUAAUGCUAUUUUAGCUUCAGUCUUAACCACAAAUGACCUUGGAUUGUGUCAACACGGUGAGACUGUCUUUGAUAAUUUUUGCUCUAAUUUAGAUGGUGAAUUAUUUACAGGGGACAUUGAAUUUGUUGAUAAUUUCACCAAAUUAGCAGAGGGAUUUGUUGGAGUAGGCAUUAAUGCACCACAAACAAACUCAACUCAAUGGAAAGGAAUCGGAUUAAAUGCUGCUAAAGAUUUGGCUCGUUGUAAAAACAUUUCACAAGGCAAUGGUAAUUAUAUUGUUAAAAAAGUUAUUCCAUUUGUUGUCAAUGAAAUUCAUGAUGAUUUUUCAAAAGAUCAAUUACAAUCAGAAGUUAGAUCUCAUGCUUCGGAACAUGAAUUAUCAAGAUACAACACAGCCAGAUCAAAUGUUGCGAAGAAUGAAGCUUCUACCCCAACAGAAAUUGCAACUGAUGAAUUAGCAAUCAAUGCUUUGAAGUCAUUUUUCAACUCAAGCUCGUCAAGUCAAUUAGUUUCUUGUACAAAAGCUAUUUGCCAUUAUUUAGUAUCCUCAAACGUUGAUCGUGAUUGGGCUGCAGUUUUAGUGGAAAUGGUUACUAAUUGGGUCCCAGUUCAAUUAAGAUUUGUAAUUUUGGGAGUGUUGACAAGUCAUUUGAAUAAAAAGGGAAAAGUACCUGAACAAUUGAUUUAUCUGCGUACAAUUUCAAGUUUACUAUCAUCAUCUGUGAACAUGGUUGGUCUCUCAGUUAUUGAUAUUUUGCGUCAAAUGAUUGAACUACAAACACAUUUGAUUACAGAUUCCGAAAUUGAUGCUCAACAAUUGAUUUAUGCAUAUUCUGAAGCUAUUAGCUCACUCUCCACUCAUAUUUAUUAUCAAAAUCAAAUAAUCGAUACUGUUAGUGAAUUAUUAUUCAGAAUCAAAGAUUUUAUGCUGAAAACCACACAAAAGAAUCAAGUAAAUGCUGGGAAACUGAAAAACUUUAUUUUGGUUAUGUUUGAUAACAUUAAAAAUGUUCUAAUCACAGCAAACACAAAUAGUACAGUGCAAAGGACUACAGUUCCAUUUGAUCUUUUCCAAGAUUCUUUUGAAUUAUUAUCAUAUGAUAAUAAAGUGUUGUACAAUGAGACUGAUCUUUUCAAAAUCCAAUCCAAAUACAUUGAUGUGUUGAUCACAGUUUUAAAAUUGGAGUAUUCUAACUCACAAGAUUCUGAAGAGGAAGAUCAUGAAUCUUUAAUCAGCAAUUCUAAGGCAAGUGCCCUAAAUGAAUUUUAUGAAGAUUUGGAACAAGUGACCAAGAUUGAAAAGUAUGGAAAUUAUGAUUCGUUGAUUGUGUUGAUGGGACUCGUUGUUGAAAAAUUUGGUAUAAAUGCAAUUGUUAAUCUUUUCCCAUUUUUCUUUGAAUGGCAAUUAAAAGAUACUAAAUUGGAGGAUCCAAGCUUGAUUUACAAAGAUAAUAUUGGUUAUCUUUUGUCAUUUUUUGCAUCAACUUAUUUGAAAGAUGAUGAAUUUAAAGAUCAGGUUUUGUCAAGAAUAGAUUAUCGUAAAUCUAACGGAUUAUGGAAAAUCUCAUCAGAGAUUCCUGUUGAAACAAGCUCAACUUCUCCAAACUUCAUCUUCACUAAGGAAGAUGCUGCAAGUUAUAUUCAAAACAAUUUAUCAGAGAAAUAUCAUGAUCUUGUUUUCAAUAGUCAUUAUAUUUAUCAAGCCAAUAAUUCUCCAUCUGAAGAAGUUGAAGAAGAUAUAAAUGACCAGGAUACUUCAUUUUUUUCACAAAAUGGAGCUCCAAACCUUUCAUUCUCACAAUUCCCACAACCAGGUGAAAAUCAUAGUAUAAGAUCUGCACCAUUAUCUGCAAGAUCUUUAUUAAAUGGUAAAUUACAUGUACCAAAAGUUCAAGAAUUAAGAAAAGCCAUAUCAGGUACUGCCUUGAAACAAUCAAAUUAUGCAAAUGCAUCAAAACAAAGAACUGACAUUGGGUCACUACUUAAUGAGUUAAAACUUGAAACUACUUUAGAUGAUAGAGGUUCUUUAGGUUUCAGAUAUUAA